UUGUCGCUGGCACACACAAUACCAAGGUAACCAAAACUGAACGUUCAAAUGUGAUCGACGGCUAAUGAUUUACAUACACAUCACAACAUGAGAGAAUUUUCUACAUAAAAUUAAAAAAAUUUGCGCUUAUAAGCUGUUAGCUCUGUAGCACCCACGGCAAAUCGGCACUCGACUAUAUUUAUUUUGGAGUGGUAUAUAUUAUGUUGUUGAAUAAGUAUUUGAAACAAUCCGGACGAUACAAUGUCCUCGCCAUCGGUAUACCGUUUACUAUUAAUUAUACUACAUUGUUUGUACAAUUUAGUUGAUUUCAUCUUACGAACAUGGAUCUAUUGGAGAUAUCGAGUGUAUCAGUAUUUUACAGCAAAUACAUUUAUACAAAAUAUAGAUAAUUAUAUACAUUUAAGGAUUCUACAUUUAGAUAAAUUACCUGCACACAUUGUUAUUAUUUUGGGAACGGAAAAACCGUCUUACAGUGAUUUAUCCAAUAUUGUUUUUUGGUGUAUUGCAUCGGGAAUACCGUAUAUCACGUUUUAUGAUCAUAAAGGAACAUUAAAAAAAACUGAAGAAAUUCUAAAAGACACAUUAAUCGAGCGAAAACUCGAUAUGAAACAAAUAAUAUGGAAUCAUGAAGAAUAUAAAAACGGUAUCACAUCAACAACCACCACAACAAAUGGUUAUAAAAAUGGUAAAUCAAAACAUGCACAGAAUGGAACCAGAAAAUUUCAUAUAAACAUCUUAUCACAUACAAAUGGUGGUAAACAUAGUUUAGUCAAUACUAUCAAAAAAUUAUCAACAUCAUAUUAUAAUAAUCGAGGAGGCGAGACGGGAAACCAUCCACCAUCGCCAUCAUCAGAUAUGAUCGAUAUAGAAUAUUUAAAUAAUUAUAUAAAUUCGGAUUUUAAAUUACCCGAACCCGAUUUAGGUAUUGUUUGUGGGAAUAUACUUUGUUUAUAUGGUAUAUUACCAUGGCAUAUUCGGACUACGGAAUUUAUUCAAUUAGAAACACAUGUAAAUAUUCAUAUUGAUACAUUUUUACAAAUAUUAUAUAAAUAUGCAAAAAGUGAGCAACGUUAUGGGAAGUGAAUUAUAUAUAUAUAUAUAUAUACAAUCUUUAUUAUUAUAUAAUUAUAUAUAAUAUAUUCCAAUUUUAGGUUAUUCGAUCCUCGUAUCGUUAAUAUUCACAAAAACAUAGAACAGCGUCGACUAGCGUCGUUAACAAAUUAUUUAAGACUUAUUACAUCCGGUAGUUCUUUUACAAUUGUAAAUCGAAUAGGUUAAAAAAUCGGAUUAAAAGCGUGAAUCCAACCCAUUUAAUGGUGAUUUCGUGUGUUUAAAAAUUGACUCAUUGCAAUACCUCCUCAAAAUAUUGCGUUUUUAUGUUUAAAAAAUGAAAUGUUUCGAAGGAAUCAUCUAAGGGGAAAGGGUUUCAAACUUUUGUCCAUCAUGUUAGGUUAUAAA